AAAGUUAGGCCUAUGUUCCGUUCUGUUUUAUUUUAUUUUGACAUUCUGGUCCAUUAUUUGGACUAAUUAUUCCUGCGAUCUCCUACGUAGGCCCUAUGCCUGGUUGCGUUUUAAUAACUAUUUUGUUUCUGGAUAUUCCGUCGUUUUAUUCGUGCGUGCUGACAACAUUAUGUAGGAAAUAUAGGGUAUUCCUCAAUCCAUGAUCGGUUCACAGAAUCGUUCAGUAUUCCGGCCCAGUGUGUUUAAUCAGCAUAGAUGUUAAAUUGCUAUUAUGAAUAGAUUCUAAAUAGAGUAUCUGUCUCUAAACAAACUGCGUGUGCACCUUCUGCCAGAGUUCUCGCUACCCUUCAGCAUUUAUUCAGCUACCCUGACCUCUAGCGGUCAUAAGAUUCAAUAGUUGAAUCACUUUAAAUCAAGAUUUGUCUCCAUACGCGUUCGCGCACGUAUCCAUUAAAUGUUUAUUAUACUGUUUAUAUAUACAAGAAAAAAAAAAACAUUUAUAUUUGUUGCUAAUUGAAAUCGGGCAAUUUGAAAUCAGGUCAAGCUCGUGAACUUGUGAUUAUGUCCCUCCCUCCCUCCCUUUCUGCCUGACAUGAAAGUGGAUGGGCGGACUGAGAGAGAUGCUCAUUCAGGAGUAAACCCUGGAAACAGCAGGAGCCAGGUCAUGAGUACAUCUGUGCACUUUGUGACACAAAUGGAGCUACUCUGGGAUAUAUCUAAUUAUAAAAAUCCUUAUUUUUGGAUGCAAAUGGAAAUAAAUGAUACUUUUGCAGCACGGAAUCUGUAUUCCUGAUCUUAAGCUGAACAGGUGCGCGAAACUUAAGCUUAUCAUCGUGCCUUUUCACGUAGAGAGAAGGAAACUUCGAGUUUGGAGAAAUAUGGAUAAAUGGAUUUAUGCAACUUAAAUCGAAACAUAUAACGCCGAUUCUGCCAGCACUUAAAAUACACGUGAUAAAAAAUAGGUAGGCUAAUUAUAAAUAAUAACUCAAUAAUAAAUAAUAAUAAUAACUUGUGAGGAGAACAUCUCGCCUUGAAUUGCCCCAGAUGUAGUAGCCUAUGAUACCACAAUAGAAAACACAGAAACCAUGAUAAAAACUGAAUUCUACGGAAACUGGAAGCUGGAAAAAAUAGAAAUGUUUUGAAAAUAAUUGGCUGUAUGAUGGAGCGCUUUGAGAAUCAGUUCCUGCGGAUUACUCUUCUCUGCACUAUCCUAUGUGAGUCAAUUUCUUGUUGUGAGAAGACUCACUCACAUGCUGAAGAUGAACUCUUCAAAAAGCUCUUUGACGGCUACAACAAGUGGUCAAGGCCUGUACCAAACACCUCUGAUGUUGUCAUCGUCAAGUUCGGUUUAUCUAUCGCCCAGCUGAUUGAUGUGGACGAGAAGAAUCAGAUGAUGACAACAAAUGUCUGGCUAAAGCAGGAGUGGAAUGACUAUAAACUGCGCUGGAAGCCUUCAGACUACGACAAUGUGACUUCUAUCAGGGUUCCCUCUGAACUUAUCUGGGUCCCGGAUAUAGUCUUGUACAACAAUGCAGACGGGGAGUUUGCGGUGACCCACAUGACCAAAGCCCACCUCUUCUACACAGGUAAAGUGCGCUGGGUUCCACCUGCCAUCUACAAGAGCUCAUGCAGCAUCGAUGUCACCUUCUUCCCCUUUGACCAGCAGAACUGCAAGAUGAAAUUCGGCUCGUGGACUUACGACAAAGCCAAGAUCGACCUGGAGCGCAUCGAGAACACGGUGGACUUGAAAGAUUACUGGGAGAGUGGUGAAUGGGCCAUCAUCAAUGCUGUUGGUACCUACAACACCAAGAAGUACGACUGCUGCCAUGAGAUCUACCCAGACAUCACCUACUUUUUCAUCAUUCGCCGUCUUCCUUUCUACACCAUCAACCUCAUCAUCCCCUGCCUGCUCAUCUCCUGCCUAACCGUGCUGGUUUUCUACCUCCCGUCAGACUGCGGUGAGAAGAUCACACUGUGUAUCUCAGUCCUCCUCUCGCUCACUGUCUUCCUGCUGCUCAUCACAGAAAUCAUCCCGUCCACCUCGCUCGUGAUCCCGCUCAUUGGCGAAUAUCUGCUCUUCACUAUGAUCUUCGUCACCCUGUCCAUUGUUAUCACCGUCUUCGUGCUUAACGUCCAUCACCGCUCGCCCAGCACCCAUAAGAUGCCCCUUUGGGUUCACUCAGUCUUCUUGGAUUUGAUCCCACGGUGGCUGUUUAUGCGCAGACCAGCACCGGACAGCCGUCGCAGGCAGAAACUCCUCCUCCUGCAGAGGCAGGGCCAAGGAAUGACAUCACGGGUGCUUGGACCGGCAAACACAAGCCUCAGUACCUCUACUAGCUGGUUCAGAGGGGAGAACUCUAGGGAAGAGUCCCGCAGGCGCUUCUGUUAUAAGGACUUAGAACUGGGGACACUGUCCUCUGCGAUCUCCCUUUCACUCCAAACUGCUUCGCCCUGCCCUCUUGGAUCAACUCCACCUCCUCUACAGAAAUUUAGUCCCUCCCCUAGACUGGAGAUGGGCACGGCUUCCAGGCAGCCCCGUGGAAGAGCUAAUGUCACAAAGAGGCCUGACAACCUAAUACCAGACAACCCAGGGUUUCCCCUUUCCCCCAGUGUCCUGCAAGCUCUGGAGGGGGUUCACUAUAUAGCAGACCACCUGAGAGCAGAAGAUGCUGACUUUAGUGUAAAAGAGGACUGGAAGUAUGUUGCUAUGGUAAUAGACAGAAUCUUCCUAUGGAUGUUCAUCAUAGUAUGUUUGCUGGGAACAAUCGGGCUCUUUCUCCCACCCUGGCUCGCAGGCAUGAUCUAGAAAACACGCCAGUGAGUACAUUAUAUGAACAACAAGGACUUCUAAAUUAUGGGCUUCCAAAGGAAGAACCAGCAUGGGGGCACAAAGCCCCUCCUAGCAGGGAUAUUUCCCCUGCAUGGGGUAAGAAGAUGCAUGUUUGACAUCAGGAAUGUGGCACCAAAUGCCUGAUUUUUUUUUUUUAAGACAUAAAUUGAGAGGAGAGAAGCUUGUAUAUGAAAACGCUUGUAUUUGAAUGUACUGUAUAACCUUUAAUAUUAUUGUCCAAAUUAAAAGUGCCAACUGGAUAAGAGACUUGGUGACUUACUAUAACCAAAUACACAAAUAAAAUCACCGUGGUUGGUAUUUCUCAUGUCUUGGUACUCUUCAUAUCAAGGACUGUACACUAAAGAGAUAGAGACAAAAUUUUUCAAAAUUUCUUCUUUUGUGUUCUGCAGAAGAAAGAGUCAAAGGUUUGGAAUGAUAUGAGGGUUCAUUUUUGAAUGAAC